AAAGAGACGGUCGAUCGAUCCCCACUCUCAGUCAAAUUGUGCCUAAAGUUAUAAAUAUACGUUUCACAAGACUAUUCACUGUAUUCCGUGAGCAUUCAUAGUCGAGAGACUAUCCAUUAGUUCUGUGCAUUUUCUCAUCUUUCGGCGAUCGUUUGUGGGUGAAGUUUUUUUUUUUUGGCGGGAAGUGUUUGUUCUUGGCAUUGGAGGUGAUCGAGAACACGGUGAAGAUUGCCACCCGACAGAGGAUGGCACCAAAUCACGGCUUUCUGCUGCAGAACACAAUGGCAGAACCAGUUUCCCGGACUUAUCAAUACCGGAAGGUGAUGAAGCCGAUGCUGGAGCGCAAGAGACGGGCCAGGAUCAACAGAUGCCUAGACGAGCUUAAGGAACUCAUGACAGGGGCACUUCAAACGGAAGGUGAAAAUGUGGCUAAACUCGAAAAGGCUGACAUCCUAGAACUAACAGUGAGGCACUUGCACACCCUGAGACGUCAGAAUGCCCUAUCUGUGCGUCCUGAACAAACCUAUGCUGAUCGUUUUAAGGCUGGGUUCCGUCACUGUGCAGCCGAAGUCACUACUUUCCUCAGUGGCAUGGAUCAGGCUACCAGGAUGCAUUUGGCGUCGCAUUUGAGUGGCUGCAUCCGUCGCCUGGAUGUAGCUCAGCCUCCAGUCUGGGUAGCACCCCGAACAGCGUCCCCACCACGUCCUGCUGGUCCAGCUGGUCCAGCCUUCUCCACCCUUCAGACGCCACCACCGGCACAUCCGGCCCAGCCGCACAGUCCACCGGAGCAACAGGCUGAAGACCCAGCUGCCGGUCCCUGGCGUCCCUGGUGAUCCCUGAAGCCCUGGGCCGCGUCUCUCUGUAAUCCUGUACAUUUCGUCGAAGCUGCAAAUCAAAUAGUCUUCCACUUCGUCGCGAUCGAACCCAAGAGACAGUGAUUGAGAUCUUCCCAAAAUGGCAAAGAUAUUGACCCCUGUGAUAUUGUUACCUUUGAUAACAAAAAAAAAACUACAUAGAUCCGCGAGAGGCAAUCGUCUGACCAAAAGGACACUUCACGGCGCAUGGUAAAAAAUGAUCACAUGGAUAAGAUCAGCAAGACGAGAUCAAAGAUCAUUUUUUGCAUUUUAAAAGAAGGAAAAAAUAAAAAUUCUCUAAGAUUUUUUUUUUAAUUUUUUUUAUAAUAGUUUAAGAUAAUUAUUUAUGAGAGAAAAAAAAUUGUGUUUAACUAACGUAAAAUAAAGAUUAUAAGAUAAA